CAACUGAAGUUGUUGAGAUCGGAAAAAAAGAAAAAGCGAAAACAAUUUGUUGUAGACGACAAUGAAGCAAAAGUGGUGUGAAAAAUGUGAAAAUACAGCACGAAAUACAUAAUUUGCCAACCGUAGCACAGCACAUUUCACGGUACACACGCACACCCAACCGCAAUGGAAAUGGCACGGAAAAGCGCGCCCAGUACGGGCGCCACUACCGCGGCUGAAUCUAGGGCGGCCCUUAUCGAUUUGAAGAAAAUCUGUCGCAUAUGUGGAAAAACGGAUGAAACGCUUACAUCGGUGCAUUCGCGGUACCAGAACGACCUGCGGGGCAAGAUAGCAAAGUAUCUGAACGUGGAUAUCGAAGAGAAUGGCACACUGCCGACGAAAAUUUGCUUCUGCUGCAAAGACAUCAUCACCAAGUGGCACGACCUGUUCGAGAAGUGCCGUGUGAUGGAGGAACGGUUUGAAUCGAUACUGAAAUCCUGCGAAGAGCAACGACAACAGGAAUUGCUAGCGAAUGGUACUAACGACGAACAGACGGAUAACAAUGAUCAUUCAUCGAAAGAAGAUGCUGAGCCUGGUGGCAGCAGGUUGGAGAGUGUUGCUAGUGCUGCACCACAGCAAUCAGCAACAUCCCCACACGAUCAAGAAUCAAAGAAAAGUCAAAAAUCUUCAUCUAAAGGCAGAACAAUUACGUGCACGUUUUGCCGCACGAAUGGUGGUUCCGGCAGCACGGGAUUCGAUUCCCAAACGGCACUAGUAGAUCACUUGAAGGAUCAACAUUGGGAGCAGAUUUUCCAUUGCGAACAGUGUGACAACUAUCUUGAUAGGGCUCUCUUAAUCGAGCACAUGACGAUGCAUGCAUUAAGCUUGCUGCAACCUGCGUCCGCAACCGAAGGAACGGAACAGGAACCGGAAAGCAUGGCAUCCGGCUCGGGCCUAGGAGAAGAUGAACCCGAGGGCGAAUUGGAAGAGGCUGAAGGGAGUCAGCAAACGACGGAAAUAAAAUCCGGAGAAGGUAGCACGAACAAGGAAAACGAUGAGAAGGAUCUGGCGACCGCCACUCCCGACGCGAUGAAAGCCGUGGAAGGCCGUAAACUGUAUUGCUACAUCUGUGAGAAGACACUGGGCAACCGAAGCGCGUACUCGUACCACGUGAACCAGGUGCAUUUGAACAUCAAAAAGUUCGAUUGUACGUUCUGCGAGAAAAAGUUUGGCAAUCGCCGUUUGCUGAACAAUCACAUUGCCAAUCUGCACUCGCGGGAACGCAACUUCGGAUGCACCGUGUGCGACAAGCGGUUCAAAACGAACGUUGCACUGUACAAUCACAUGCGGGUGCACGACGACAAGCUACAGUUUAGCUGCCGGUUUUGUGACAAAAAGUUCCGGUUCCGGAAUCAUCUCGUAAGCCACGAGCUGGUCCAUCUGGAUGAGCGAAACUAUUCCUGCAGCCAGUGCGACAAGAAGUUCAACACGAACGAAUGUCUGCAGAAGCACAAACUGACGCACGUUACGACGGAACCGUACCAGUGUCCGCUGUGUGGAUUCAGCACGAAGCAAAAGCGCUAUCUGGUGCUGCAUGCCAAGCGCAUCCACAUGGUACGAUAGAAUGUUGGGGAACGGAGCCAAAAAACGAGAAGAGAAACGACGAUACUCAGCAUACUACUCUCUUUAUUCCGAUGGUAAGUAAUAAGUAAAGCAGUAAAUUAUUUGAUUUUAGGCCAAAUUAACAAGCUACAGCUUAGCGAUGCGGGUGUAUGUAACAACCCAGCGCUGUGGUUAAAAGACAGAUAAGUAGUACGAACACGAAGUGGGUAGAUGGUCAGAAUGAGCAUCAUACUACAGGCAUGAUCUGAACUGGAUCAUGGAAAUCGAUAAACACAUUCUCUAAGCUACCGGUGUACCUGAAAACAAAGAAGGAAGGAAAAAACAAAACGUUAGUAUAUAGAACAUGCGAUUGUCGUCAUUUUAGUGCAGCCAACAUCAGAGAAACGAUGGAUGCGCGAGGCACACGAUCAUCACGAAUCAUCCGCAGCAAGACAAAAAGCCCUAAACACAUGUCGUAGUCAAAACAGAAAAGCUAAACGAAAUCUACUUCAAUUCGAACAAAUUAUCUAGCGUAUGCGUACAUCAUGGUAAUAUAUAAAUAUAAUAUAUAUUUAGUAUGUCGUGUUGCCAGCCGUUACGUAGAACAACACAUGUAAGAAGCAGCAGGCGGCAGGAGGCUCUUUUUACCAGUAUGCCAUUAUUUAAACUUCACAGGCGGGAUUCGGCAAGCCGCGUCCCGCAUGUGCGUUGUUCAUUUUUGUGUAAUGUUAAGCGUUUUCGUUUUUUUUUUACAUGCUAGGUUAGUUAGCUUCGUUAAAGAAUGCCCCACGUAUCGCCCCGUGACUGUUAUUCGCAAACUGGUAGUGGAAUGUGCCACACAGAGACACUGAACUUGUUUCUUUGUUUAAUUUGUAUUACGUGCUGUACUUGUUUCGACUGAAAGCUGCUUCAGAUCUGAUCGCCAGUAUUUAUUCCACGCCAAUGUUAGGCGAGCAGCAUUUUGUUUAGUGCUGAGUCAGUUGUUUGGGCAGUAUUUAUUAUUAACUUAUUUAUUUAUUUGUGUCAUCUAUGGGUAGUGAAUCGUUACUGUUAAUCUGUAAGAACGCGUAUUUAUUAAUCGGCCCCAAAUAAAUUAAGUAGAACGUGCUAAGUUAUUCUCUGUCGUAGCGCCAAUAGAAAGA